CACUUUUCUUUUCACUCCACUUUCACUGGUCAGUUCUUUUUUUCACAACAGCAUGCCAAGAAAAUUUUUGACGCUUUUGACAGUGCGUUGAAAGUCAAGAAAGAUCAUCGUCAACAUCAGCAGCGGGGGAUCCUUCAGAAAUGUCAGGCUCGUCAAUGUCUUCCUUUAUUGCCGUGUAUUGCCGUAACCCCGCCUCGUCAGUACACGCCAGGAGGCAGAAUAAUACCCGAGAGCUCCACCAGUCGCCAGGGAGUGGAAGAAGGAAUAUCAUGAGCGUCCUAAGGGAGUUUUAGGCGGGGAAUUAAAGGUGGUUACUCCCCCUGGUCACUCCCUCUGCACUCCUCUCCUUGGUUCAUCAUAAUUAAGCGCGUGUUGAGAGGGUAAUUGAGCCGGUGCAAAAAGGAUAUUACGUGUUAUAUAUAUAUAGCGCAUCAGUGACCCCAUUGUGCUUAUCUUUGUGGUCGAGAUUUAUGACUGAAGAUCCACGGAAAAUUUGCCCUCUCUUAUCAGCAUCAAGUAUUCAAGGUGGAUACUCGGCCUUGGUUACUCCCCCGCCACUCGUUUGGAAGUGUAAAGUGUGCACUGUGAAGGAACUAAGUGCAUGGUGUGCAGUAUUGAAGUGUUGAGAAGGAGGACCUAAGAAGCGAUACAAAGUGGAACUGGUCAAAAGAAGAAGCAACUCACUGGCUUUAGAAGGGAGAGCUGCUGGAGCCGAUGUUAGCCCCUCAAGCGACGGCGAUGGUUUAUUUAAGAGAAAAAUGGAGACCUUGAGCAUUUUAAGUUGUGUGUAUUAUAAAAUGUAAAUCUGAUUUUAUUGCUCAAAAAAUGUGAACUGCGGCUAAGGUGGAUCUCUGCUGUUCAUAGUGUGUGUGAUCUCAAAAUUGAUAAAUACUGUACCCAGUAAAAUGCAGGAAAAAACUAAAAAGAAACAGCAAAUGCAACAACAACAGUAUGUGAAGUAGUUCAAGAGAGGCAUUGUAUAGGUUGAUUUAACAGCACUGGACUGGCACACUAACAAAUUGGAAAGAAGACAUUGAAAAUAUAUCCAGUCUGCACAUGUACAACAUUGGAAAGAAGAAAUUAAGGAAGCUAAGAUUUAUGACAAUAGAUCAUCCUCAAUAAUAAUGUUCAAAGCCAGAGCAAAUUGUCUACCACUCCAUGACAGGAAAAGACACACAAAUCAAGACACUUCAUGCAAGAUAUGCCAUGCAGGGAGUGAAACACUGGAGCAUUUCCUUUUGCAUACCAAGAGGAAAGGAGAAAAUCUUUUGAUCUGCAAUAGUCCUACAGGAAAGAUACAUUCAUAACUAUGUGAACUUUUCACUGAGGGCAAUAUAGAAAAUAAGGAAUAAAUUCUGCAUGGUGUGUGGAAAAUAAGAGAAAGACUUUUAAGGAAAUGUACAUUGCAUGCACACUCAUCUAUUAAUGCAAAAUACAUAUCCUGAAAAGCUAAGGCAGAGCUGUUCCAAAGGUAAUCUGCCAAUCAUCACUAGAACCAGCACUACAUUUAGAUUUACAUUUUGGACCUGGCAGCUUUAUUUCUCUGGCAUUCUGUACCUUUAUGAUUUAGUUACUUUUGAUCCUGGAAUAAUCUAGUGUUUUGGGCUAACCAGGCACUGUUGCUGAAUCUAUGUGUAGAUGCUCCUUGAAAGAGUUAGAAGUGAUGGUAUUAUUCUAGUGUUUGCCCAUACUCACCCCUCGCAACCAAAAUUGGCUGGGGGCCCAUUGAGACUGUGGGAAAGCUAACAAUACUGGGGUAAACACUGUGCCUCAUUUGAUAUAUAUAAACCACUACUUUGGCAUAGGGUCUGUGUGGUUUGUAUGCCUAUGAAAGUCUUGUUAGCAAUUGCCCUAGUGCCCCAGGGUUGGAAAUUCAUAUCAGCCACAAGUUCACAUGCCCAAACACACAGAACUGAGUGCACCCAUUUGUGAAUAAUCCUGACUUAACCUAUUAUAAUUAAACAGUUGGUCUUGAACAUAAUUCCUGGGCAGCCAUGAAGAGAAAAAGGAAUCAAGGAUGUGUCAAGAAGACCCAAGGAAGUUGUGAGGCAGCCCAGUCAUCACUGCCACAAUUCCUUCAGGGUCUGCAGUGUCAUGUCCACCCAGCGUGCUUUGGAUCAAUGCGCCUCAAGAUCUUUGAGAACCACAUCAAACAGUAUGGUGGACAGCUUGUGCCAACCCUGCCAGAGGUCUCAGAGGCUACAUUACAUGUUGUGUUUGAGGAGUCUGUGGAUGAGGAGAAGGUCAAGCGUCUUGUUGACAUAUCACAGCUCCCAAACAGCAUCUUCCUCAGGUGCUCAUGGCUGGUAGAGUGUGUAAAGAGCAAGGGCAAGGCUAGGAUAGAAGACCACUUAAUUAUGUCUGUGAACCCAACAGAAACAUGGACAUUAGAGGAGGGAGUAAAGGAAGCUGGGUGGAUACAAAACAAAAAUACAGACAAAACAUGCACAGAAGUGCCUAACAGGACUCAAACUGGGGAUAUUGGCAAAACACAGAUGGAAGAGACCCACAGAACUCUAUGGAAAAAAACAGAGUUUCAGUCACAAGGAACUGUAGGUAGCUCAGAUGCAAAUGUAGAACAUGAAGCUCAGGACACAGCCUUAACACCUGAUUUAUCAGUCAGGGUCACCACUCAGCUCACCUCCAAUGACCAGACCAGGAAUGCAACAGAAAGCCAGUCCUUUGCCUUGUACAGCAGGGAAGACGGAAUAACAGAAUAUCAAAAGGAACCACUAAGCAAGAUUGUUGGUGAAGCACAAGUCAGCAAGCUUGUGACAUGCACUGAGGACUCAGGAUCAGCUGAUCGAGACAUCUCAAGAUCAUUGAUAAGGCCAUUCCCCAAGAAUCUGCAGGAAAAGUUUGCUUGUGCCCGGCCAUCCAGCAGCAAACCUGUGAACCUAAAUGCUCACAUCACUUUGGAGUUGGAGAAGCUUGCCAACACCUAUAAGAGCACUAAUGACACGUGGCGGGCCGUGGGCUACCAGCGGGCCAUUGCAGCCAUCCGUAACUAUGACAAGGAGAUCACAUCCAGAGAGGAGGCACUGGCCAUUCCUGGCAUAGGGGGUCGCCUGGCAGACAAGAUUGCCGAGAUCCUAGAGAGUGGGAGACUUAGGAAGGUGGCUGAAGUGUGUGAGGGGGAGGAAGCCAAGACCCUGAGCCUCUUCCUGGGGGUUUGGGGGGCAGGACCCACCACUGCACAGAUGUGGUACCACCAGGGGCAUCGAACCCUGGAGGACCUCAGGACGAAGGCAACACUUACCCGCCACCAACAGAUUGGCCUCAAACUCUAUGAUGACAUCAACUCCAGGAUACCACGUUCAGAAGUGGUCGAGAUUGAGAACUAUGUACGGGAGGCAACCCUGUGCAUUGCAAAAGAUGCAGAGGUGAUGGUGUGUGGGUCAUACCGAAGAGGGAAGCCAACGUGUGGUGAUGUGGAUGUUCUCAUCACCCACCCAGACGGCCAUUCACAUGAGCUCAUCUUUAAGCCACUGCUGGCACGCCUUAGGGAGACAGAGUUCCUGACUGAUGAUCUGGUGACUCAAGAGGACAAUGGUAACCAAAAAAAAUACCUUGGAGUCUGCAGGUUGCCAGGGGAGGGUAGAAAGCACAGGCGACUUGAUGUGAUUGUUGUGCCCUUUGAGGAACGUGCUACAGCUCUCAUGUACUUCACAGGAUCUGCACAUUUCAACAGGUCAAUGAGGCUCCUGGCAACAAAAAAGGGCAUGAGUCUGUCUGAACACAGCCUCCGAGCCGGGAUUGUGAGACAGGGUGGAGAGAAGUUGAAUGAGGGCUAUGUACUGGAGACACCCACAGAGGAGUCUGUCUUUGCUCACCUGGGCUUGGUGUACCGACCACCUGAGGAGAGGGACCACUAGCGACAAGUGAUCUACAUUCCACAUGUCAUAAAGCAACAUCUGGCAAGAAUCAGCCCACCUUGACCUUGAAGAUUUACAAACAUACUAAUGAGUUAAACAGUGAAGGAACCUCCCCUCACCCCUGUGAAGUCAUCAUCAAUUUAAGAAGG